AUGGAUCGAAGAGAAGUUGAUUGUUUGCCUGAAGAUAAUUACAUUGUUGAUACAGAUCAGUAUAACGAUGACAUCUACGAUUUUGCAGAUACUGGUGAUAUCGAAGAAGAUCAAUCAAAUGAUCGAACGAAAUUUACAAUAUUUACUGAGAUCAAUGUACUUCAACAAGUGAAGAUCGAUAUCGAAGAAGUAUCAAUCGUGCUAUCAAUACCCAAAUCGCAGGCAUGUAUUUUACUCCUCAAUCAUAACUGGAAUACUGACGAAGUAUAUGAUAAAUGGUUUUCUAAUGAACGUGAAGUUCGUGAAAGGGUUGGUUUGCGAACUGAGAAUUUAUCUAAAGUUUUAGCUUUUGGUGGUGUUUUUACUUGUGGGAUCUGUUUUGAAUCCUAUAAUCAUGAUAAGAUUCGAUCAGCUUCUUGUGGUCAUGGCUUUUGUCAAGAUUGUUGGGCUAGUUACAUAAACACGGCCAUUAAUAAUGGUUAUGGUUGUUUGAAUUUGAGGUGUCCGGAGCCAUCUUGCAACACAACUGUCUACCCGAGCAAGGUUUUGGGGUUCGCCACUAAGAGUAAAACUAUAAAGUGGUGUCCUGCUAUAGACUGCAAACUUGCAAUUGGUCUAGUUAUGGUAGGGGAUAACGGAAUUCAUGAUGUAUCAUGUGAAUGUUACCAUAAAGUUUGUUGGCAUUGUGGUCAUGAGGCUCACCGUCCUGUAGACUGUGACACAAUGAAGCGAUGGAUGGUGAAAAAUAAGUCAGAUGAGGGUAACAUGAAGUGGAUACAAGCUUUCACAAAACCUUGCCCCAAAUGUUUGAGGCCGAUCCAGAAGAACGAGGGUUGUAUGCACAUGACUUGUAAACCUCCUUGUAACUUUGAGUUUUGUUGGUUGUGCCUGACUCCUUGGGAAAUUCAUACAGAAUGCAUUAGGCGUGAUAAAAUAAAGGAGAGAGAGAAAGAGAACCUGAGGGAGUCUCUGAGGAGAUAUGAACAUUAUUCCGAGGAUUGGCUAAACAACAUGAAGUUUAUGAGAAAAGCACAAGAUGAUUUAGAAUCAACUAAAAGAGAAGAUAUUCCAAUAUUGUGCAACAAGCAACAUUUGCCAAAGGAAAGACUCAACUUUUUGGUAGAGGCGUGGCAACAGAUUGUGGAGGGCAAGAGGGUGUUGUCAUGGACAUAUGUUUACGGAUAUUACUUGUCUUGCAAUAAGGAUGAGGCACCAAAAAAGGAGUUGUUCAAGUUUUUACAAUUGCAAGCCGAGCAUAUUGUGGAGAAGCUGCAUGAAUGUGUCAAAAAAGAAAUAACAACCUUUCUUAAUGAUUGCAAGAAAAAGUCAACCCGAUCAAGUAAAAAUUUUGACCAAUUUAGUGAAAAGUUAGUGAAUCUUACUAUUGUGACUAAAACCUACUUUGAAAAUCUAAUAACCGCACUAGAGAAUGGACUCUCAGAUGUAAUCAUUCCACCUCGUCGUGCCGCCAAAAAACGCAGAUUAAAGUAG